AUGAAACUUCUCAAAAACCGGCUUCGGAUACUCAUCGUAUUGUCCGCAUUUCUAUGCCUAUCAAUGCUAGCCUCAAAUUAUAUAAUCGUUAAUAUGACGUUUAUUUGUAUGCAAGAAGAUCUUUCUGAUGCUGUUAUUAAUCAAAAUGGCACCCUAGUAAGCCGCUACGCCUACGAUCCAUCCGAAAAAAGCUUAAUCAUCUGGGCGGUGGCCCUGGGGACGAUUAUUGGCACUUUUCCCUACAACAUGGCAUUUAUUCGAUGGGGCGCGAAAUACCCUUUCCUGUCCGCUGGAAUACUAUCGACGGUAGCUACGCUAUUGAUACCUUAUACUGCUUCUGUUAGUUUGCCUGGACUGCUCGUUUUGAGAGUUAUACAGGGCAUCACCUACUCAGCCGAUUUCUCUGCCAUCGGCGUCGUUACCGUACGCUGGGCUCCUGUGAACGAAACGAGCCUGAUUAUCGCAGUCAUGACCUCCUUCGUCACAUUCUCAACAUUUGUAACAAAUACCUCAUCCGCUUGGUUUUGCAGCUCGAUCGGGUGGAGAUGGGCUUUUUACUCCCAUGGCAUUGCUACCGGGCUAGUUUUUAUUCUCUGGAUGUUCGUCUACCGCGACGAUCCCACUUCGCACCCAAAAAUUACCAAAAAAGAGCUCGCAAAGCUGCAGGAGAACAAGACCAAUGCAGAAUUAGAGGUUGAUCACUACGUGCCGUUUAUGGCAAUCCUGAGCAAUCUCCCGGUAUGGGUGAUCUGCCUGAACGGCUUGGCUUUGAUCACCACCCUGACGCUGAUUAUGACGUACAUGCCAAUGUACCUACACCUGGUGCUCAAAUUUGACGUAAUGACGACGGGAAUGCUUGCCGCCGUUGGUGCCUUCAGCCAUGCGCCCAUUAAAUAUUUUUCGGGGUAUUUUAGCGAUAAGUCGAAGGCUUUCUCCGAAGCUACCAAGCUCCAAAUAUGCAACUUCUUCGCUCUAUGCCUUCCUGGAGUAUUCUUCAUCUUGCUUGGCGUAAUGAAAGAUGCGUUUAACGGAAUAUUAGCUGUGGUCCUCUUCUUCGCCAUCUUUAUCUCAAUGGGCGCAAAUUGUGGCGGGUACUGGAAGGCAGCCACCGUAGUCUCAAAACAAUAUGCCCACUUUGUCCUCUCCAUCAUCCAGUUUAUGAAGUGCGUGGCCUUGAUCACAGCUCCUUGUAGCUGGUAUCUGUUUGUGGAGAAUGAGACAGACAUCCGGCAAUGGUCCCAUGUUUUUUAUUUAAAUGGUGGAUGCUUGAUUUUUGCCGGUGGUCUCUUCUACGUCUGCUGUAACGACCAACCGGCUGAAUUUACAAAAAUGACCCGAUCCAACCCGCGUGGCGACAAAGUCGACGCAGAAGCGCUCAGCAUCUUGGAAGACAAAAAUUCCGUC